AUGCAUUUCCGAGGCAGAGAGAAGCAAAUUCAAAGUUUCUAUACAUUUGACAGAUGUAAAAUAAUAUCUGUCUGCUGUGACUGUGGUAACAAGGGGUUGUCAUGGUGUCCUCAUGUUGUCGCUCUUGCCUUAUUUCGUAUCAGACAACCCCACCUAGUGGAUUAUCGCUCACCUAUUUCUGAUGCCCUCGUUCGUAUGAAUCGUAGUCAAUUACAAAAAUUCGCUCAGUAUCUAAUUGCUUCUCAUCCGAAUAAAAUCCUACCCAGUGCACAACAGUUAGCUGACCAACUGCUUCAACCCGAAUCAAAUAUUAAUCAAACUUCAGGUGCACCUGAUCCAACUGCUGGUGGCAGUCUACAAGAUGUAGCCGCCUGGUAUCUUGAUGAAGCUGGUGUUCGAGAACAGCUGCGUGUUGAACUGGCCAAUCUAGCUAGUAAUGGUGCGAUUUCAGGAGGACUAUAUACCGGUGGAGGUCAUCACAACACAAAUACUACUCGGCUGUCAUCUGGAAGAUCUAAUUCUCCAAAUAACCUGUCCUCCGGUUUCGAUUCAUCAGCGCCUCAACAUCCCGCUUCGAAUACUUUCUCAACUUCAGCAUCUUCAUCAUUUACCCAUAGAUCAAAUAAUUCACGUCCAUCACACGCGAAUUCUGCGUCUUCAAUAAGUACGGAUUUUAGUGUUGCUAAUCAAAAUGAUACUGAUUAUAAAUGUCAAACUGAUGUUGGUGUAGACUGGUUACUCAGAUAUCGUAGAUUAACCUUAAAUCAGAAUCUUUUGAUUGGCGGUGGUGUUAGUGGCAGUACAUGCACAAACUCUUGUACAUUAAAUAGUUUAGACCUAGCCUCUGUUGAUCUAAUGCCAGCUCCAAGCCUUGAAUCAAGUCUUCAUCCAGAAUCGACUAACAGUCGUCGGUAUUGCUCUGCUUCAUCGUUUCAUCACCACUGGUCAAAUCCAAUCGAUUUAGAUUUUGGCUUACGUGACAGUUGUAGUGCUGCUGCUAAUACUGAAUCAAGUGGUGGGACACAGAUUGCAGCUAUGUUUGCUAAAGUUCGUGAAUUGUUGGCCAAACGGGAUUCUAAUGGUCCACGCUUGUUGAGUCUCAUAACAGAAGAAUUACUAAGCUGUUCAAAAUUACCUCUUCUGAAAUCCAGGAGAAAUCAAAGGAAUACAACUGUCGACGGAUCUAGUCGAUUACAAACAAAUGUUACACCCGGUUUACUUGAUAGUCAGCAGUCAUCUGAUCGCAAUUACUCUAAUGAAAACUCGUCAUCCAAUGGUUAUGAUCAUAGUUCUUCGCAUUCGUUUAGUCAGCCUCCACCAUGGACUGUAAGACUAUGGGAAGAAGUGUCCCUGCUGUGGACGUGUGUAGUUUUGAGUCCCGAUUGUAGUAAUGAGGCGAAACGACAAUGGCGCUGUCGAUUUCUAACAUGGGCUCGCUCUAACCGUUGUCCUCGUGAUGAGUCGUAUUCAAUUCCUAGUCAUCUUUUAACAUCUAUUCAUGAGUCAGGUGAGGUUGAUGAAGACGGUCCCGCGCAAAACCAACAAGCACAACAACAGCAGCAACAACCACAGUCUUGUCAGCCAUCAACGCGUUCUUAUCGACGUGCUUCGAUAUUUCGUCUGCCAAUUGAAGUUAGUUAUAUGUCAUGGGAUGAUAUCUGGUUAAAUCAUCUUUUGUCUAUCCAUGAUGUGAAGUCAGAUAAACAGGAGGAAUCUAAUGAAGAUAUACACGUUAGCCGACACAGUCAUUCAGGAAAUAUUUUUAUGGAGGACAACAGUGAUUGUGAUAGAGUAUUUAGACGACCAUCCUCGGUGACACCAAGAAAAUCGAAUGGAUUCAGUCGACCACUCCUGUCGAAUUCACCUAGAGAAUGUCAAUGUCCUUAUUGUGAUUUUUCAGCACCUCUGAAUGAACCCUUCCCUUUAUUAUGUUUACGGGUUGCUGCAUUAAGAAGUAAUGGUUAUUUAAGUCAAGCACUACAACUUGCUGUUUUCAUUAGUCAACGUUUCUUACGUUCAGUUAAAAAUAAAACUUCAUUGGCUGCUGCUACAAUAGCUAAUACUGUUAUGCGUACUCCACCACAGCAGUCAUCAUUUCCUUCUCAUAUUCCAUGGAGUAAUAACUGCCAUCCCAAUGACAACAUUGUAGCACGUCGUAUGUUGUUUAAUACACAGUCUAAUGGUGGUGCGCAAGGAUUGCGUAUCAAUGGAAUGAGUCCCCACAGUGGACUGUAUUCAGGAUCACGAUAUAUGUCUCCAAGCAAUAUGCCCCAUCCGCCUCAAUGA